AUGGGAUCUCUCUCCAACAUUUGCUCGAGACUGUGGGAUCUUGACCAUAACAGGCUGAAGAAAGGGGUGGAUUACGAAAUAAAACUCACGCCGUCAAGAAAGGUUACGAAAUUGUUUACCUUUGUGGACACCAGAAAAUUGGGGAACAUUCCAACGUACAGUGCCUUUAGUGAGCUGCUGAACAACUACAAAUCUGAGGCUUCAGAAACUGAGGUGGUAACAUCCAGGCAGAGGAUCAAGUCUCGAAAGUUCCUAGAUCGUUGCCUGGAGACUGAUGUCAUGAAAGAGGCAUACUCCUACUUGUUUCGCAAAAGACUUUUACCCCCGGGUGACAUGAUAGACUUCAGAACGAAGCUGUACGAGCUAUGGUUCGACCUCCACCCUAGGCCUAGCGGAGACAGCACACUUAGAUCGGCGUUUGAACACGUCUUUGUGGGAGAAACACAACGUGGCCAGGUCAUUGGCUUCCACAACUGGGUCCGGCUGUAUGAGGAGGAACGUCAGGGGAACGUCAGCUACAAACGCUGUCGGCCUCAUGCAUGUGACGACCACAUCAUCACGAUAGACUUUAGUUGGAAGGGUAGGAAAAAGAGCUUCGGCAGCUUCUUCCUGGGCACGAGCCCGGAGUUUGAGCUGGCCAUCUACACCGUCUGCUUCCUGGCAGCUGGGAAGGAGGAUGAGACCAUGGUCAUCCUUGGGAGCGAGCUUGCCACAAUCGUCACUCACCAUGCGAAUGGCCAAAUCGGAGCUUCCUAUCCCAAGCAUCUGGAGGCACAGCGAAACAUGAAGGAUAAACAAAGCCUGCUCUUGCGUCUCUGGAGUACACUUUAUACCCAGCUGAGUGAGCGGGUAUCGGGCAAGAUACCCAUAUCCAAGUAG